AUGGCACCAGUGGAUCCUAAUACGGGACCUUCAACCGAAUCAGUACCCCUUCCUCCAGUGGUAGACCACAAGAUCAUCGUUAAACCACACAAUCAUCCGGAGUCCCUUCCAACAAAUACCGGGGAGAAAAUAUCAGAGCCUGGGUCGACUGGAAAGCCUACUGGGAAUGAAGCAACACAACCUAUUCAUGGCGCAGCUCUGAUCAGACCAACUGCAUAUCCAAUAUCAGCCCCGGAUGUCCCUCUUGAAUGCGACUUAACAAGUCAUGAGCCUAAAGAACCAUCCACAGAAAACCAGCUUCAAAAAAUCCCUGAUAUCGAAACUCCAGAUGAACCGUUGGAUGAAGGAGCACUACCGAGAGCUUACGAUAAAAAUGGAUUUUUGGAUGACAAUGGCUAUCUUGUUGAGAUAGGAGAUGAUGGAAAACCAACAUCACUAGGUGAUGCUACCCUCUUCACAGCAUUAGCUGUUGUCGCUUUGGCGACUGGGAACCAUAAACCAGAUGGAUGGGAAACGCACGCCAACGCAAACAUAACAGGGUUUCUCAAUGUGCUUCUUGAGAAGAGUUGGGGGAAAACCGAUUUCGUUCCUAAGGGUCAAAUCUCGAAAGGAGAGGAUCACCCUAUUCGCCAUCCAAAUUUCCUGGAAUGGGAUAAAGCGGGUCGAAGCAGUUAUAGACCCUUAUCGAAAGAUUCCUUUGGUUCGAUCGUCGAAGCUUGUUAUUAUUCAUACAGUGGUCCAAAUAGCUCUGCAGAAGUCCGAAAUCUUGCCCAAACUCUGCUUACGAAGUGGCUUAAUUAUCUGAUCCUGAUCUAUUGGCUCCUCCCACUAGUGUCAGGUGUUUUUGAGUUAAUCUCUUCCCGUGGAAAUCCGAAUGGCAUAUGGGCGUGGAUAGCUCAUAAGAAGAGUGUUCUCGAGGACCAGAUUCACGUUUUCGAGAAUAGCCACAUCAACCAAUGGAAGUACUAUGCGUAUACGAAGAACUACUCUCAGUGGCUUAAAGAGGAUGUGAACGCAAAUCCUGACCAACAUAAUCCCGGCUCCUCGCGAUUGGACUACCUUCUCUUACAUGGACUUGUUGAAAAAGGAGUACCGAUGCCAGGCAAGCGCGCAGAACUAGAUCUGAAGAUCUUGUGGGCGGGAUUCAAAGCAUGCAUUCAAGCAAUGAUCGAUGAUGCCGUGGCGAAAUUCAAAGAACUUGGGAAACUCGAGCGACAAUUCGUCGACUUGGCUGGUAAUACCGUGUUGGAAGUUAUCAGCCAGGUUGAGGGAUUUUCACGAAGUAUCUGGAAAGCAGGGAAACAAACAAGCCGAUUAUUACAUCAUCUUGCUGGCGAGGUUGCAUACAUGGCUUGGGACGCAGUGAGCGGAUCGCUGACACAUUUUAUGAGAUGGUCAAAGGCUCAAGCAGAUCUCACAAUGAAACUCGAAGACCUCGUUGACUUCCAGCUGAGAGAUGUUCUAAGCGGAUCGAAGGCUGUAUGGAAGUGGGCGAACGGUGCACUUGAUAGCUUCGUUGGGUAUGCCAUCACAUCCAUUAAUGGAACUGUGGCGGAUCUGCAAAAUUGGACUGUCAAGCAAAUUCGCUCGGCUGAGGGUGUGCUGAAACAGUGGACUAAGGUUUCUGGGACUUUGCUGUCUUAUGCGGUUUGGAAUAAUGCGUCUGGACAAGGUCUUGCGAAAGCAGGGAGUAUGAUUCUUCAUGAUAUCAAGGAUCCCUCAGGUCCACUCAGAGAGUGGAUUUUUGAGGCUGGAAUUGGGUUGAAAUCUUUCAGGGCGUGGAGUAAAUCCACGGAUGAUUUGGGGGCAAAUGCCCAAAAUAUAUGUAAAAAUGCCGUACGGGAUGCAGUCGGUGGACUCACGCUGAUUGAAAAGGAUGGAGAACGACUGAUCCGCAGAUUGGUCUUCUCUAGUUCAACACCUGAAGGCAUAGCAAAGUCGGCACAGUGUGUGAUGUACCAAUUUCGCUCGUUGGAUGCCAAAAUAGAGCAAUGGGACAUCGACGAAGCAGGAACAAAGCUGUACCGGAUAUGGGUGAAUUCGACCCUGGAAGGGGUGGCCCCAGCAGAGAACUUGCUGAAGAGUGUGGAAAGAAGUGAUGGUGGAAAGUUCAUCAUCCGAAGUUUCAAAGAUGGAUUGGAGUUUGGUGGACAAGUUGUGGAUAAGUUUGGACAUGAAUUGGAGAAGAUCGGCAAAGGUAUUGGGAAAGGUGCUCAGGAUGUUAUAGGAGCAAUUGGGGGAGCCCUUGGAGGGAUACAUCUAUGA